CAGCAUCCACGUGACCCUGCGUUCCCGGAUGUUGGUUCCCUAAGUUGGUUUCCAAUUGUCCCUAUGGGGCCACUGAAUACCUAGUGUGUCACGUGAUUGGGGAGGUUUCUUCCCUGUAUUAUUGCCGGAAUAACAACCCUAGUGCGUGCAAUGACGCAAAACCACGUGCAUCCAAAUGCCGCCUCUCCGCUUCGGAAUGGCGCACGUAUGUGAUCGAGCUGCCAUCGGCGAUGACGAUCGUCGCUGCGAAUUUUGCAGCAAACUAUUCAUACAGGGGAAGAACAUGCUGCAACACAUCAGGAACGUUCACAGAAUGGCCGUGGGUGUCAAGAAAUUGAUGAAAUGCGACGUAUGUGGGACUUCCCUGCUUACAAUGGAGAAGUAUUCGGUGCACCAGAUCACUGCGCACAACUUCGAGGCUGACUACGUGCACCUGUGUUCCGGAACAAUAAGGAAUUUCAUGAAUGGAAAGCAGAAGAAGAGGGUAGCAAAAACAGCUGGUUCAUUUUGCCCAGGGACUCCAAAAAGCUGGCCAGUGGAGAGACAAGGAUCCACUAUUACUGUAAUAGAUCAGGCGAGGCAAGGAAAAAGGAAGGUCAUAGUGACCGUCGGGAGAAAAGUCAGGGGAGCUGUAGGUCUGGUAAGAUAUGUCUUUCAUUUAUUACCGUCACAAUGGACAACACUCAGAGUCCGACACCUGAAGGCACCACCAUAAAAGUCAGGUAUCAAAGAAACCAUUAUGGUCAUAAACCAGAAAUUCAGCACUUGAGAAUGAGUGACAAGGAAAAGGCCAGUGUAGCAGAUAACCUAGAAAGGGGUGUGCCCAUGAAAACCAUACUAAAGCGAAUAAGAACAUCUGUGGCAUCCAAGCUGAGGCCAGUGCACUUGGCAGAGUGCUCAACCCUGCAUAACAUCAAACAGCAGUUUAACAUUGCUGCUCCUGAACGUUGUCACACUAAUGACGCUGUCAGUGUAGACACGUGGGUGCUUGUAAUGAAAGAAAAAGGUGAAACACUUGUCCGCCUGUACAAGGCACAAGGUGCAGUGGACCCAAGUGGUACAUUUUCUUCAGCAGACUUUGCUCUUGUUCUGAUGACAGAGCCUCAGAAGGAGCUACUAGAAAAAUUGGGCCCUGCAGGGACUCUGUGUCUUGACUCCACACAUGGAACUACAGAGUACCAGUUUGAGCUGACCACUCUUCUGGUGCUAGAUAAAAAAGGAUCAGGUGUAGCUAUAGCUUAUUUCAUCUGCAACCAGAUGAACGAGCAAACUUUGACAGCAUUCUUCAAAUCUCUGGAGUCGGCCAUGGCCCAAAAAGUGGCCGCUAAGACAUUGAUAUCUGAUGAUGCCUCGCAAUUCUACAAAGCAUGGUCCAGGGUCAUAGGUGCCGCAAAACAGAAACUUCUCUGUGCCUGGCAUGUGGAUAACAACUGGCGUAAGAAGACACUCGAGUGUGUAGAGAAACAGCUAAGGCCACAUGUUUACCAUAGUGUGUGGCUACUCUUAGAGUUCCUCGCGGAAAAGGCAUUUGAAGAUUAUUUUAAGCAAUUCCUUUCUAGUGAGGAAGAAAAACUGAGGGACUUCCUCAAGUACUUCAAAGACCACUAUGCAGUUAGGCCACAAGAGUGGGCCUAUCGCUUUAGGACUAGAGCAGCUGUCAACACUAACAUGCACCUUGAGAGCAAGCACAGGACGUUAAAGCAUACUAUGCUGGAGAGAAAACAGAAUAAGCAUGGUGACAAACUAAUUUCUGCCCUCAUGGACUUGACAAAUCAUUUUUUAAUGAAAAGGGCUAGCCAGAUGAUGAAAGGGGCAAAGGGUAAGGAGCUGAGAACAAUUCAGAAGAACGACAGGUCUGGCAUUGAAAUGGCAGCUUGUGCCAAAAUAAAUGAAGAUGGCAUAUGGACUGUGCCAUUUCAAUCUAUUAAAGGGCUCUCAUAUAAAGUGUCAAAAGUGAAAGAUGGUGCUUGCUGUCCUUUGAGGUGCAAGGAAUGCGCAGUGUGUGUGCAAGCACAGUCACUGUGUGGUCAUCACUAAUCCAACUAGCAGCAACAAGGCCCAUGAGAGCUCACCCAAAGAAGCAUGUGAGGCAAGUCGGGCAUUGCACAUUGUACAGAGUAUAACAAAGCUGGAAGCAGCCAAAGCAGUGUCAAGCUCAACACUCUUAAGAGCAAAAAUGGACUCAGUCAGACAGGCAAUAUCAGAUGGUGAAGUCUCUGAGGGUGUGGCUGAGAAGGCAAACAAUUUGUUUGAGCCAGUUUUCAUGCUUGUGGAAAGUGAAAGUGACCCAAAAAGAAAGAUGCCAGACCAUUCAAAUGAACCAGCCAACAAAAAAGUUGUGCACCUGUUAAGAUUUCACUCUACAAAAACCCCUAGAUUGUCGCAGCCAUCAUCUAGCCUUUCAAGGCCCACUGAAGCUCGAAAGGCAGUCCUUAAAUAACAGCUUAGGGACAGCAACAUAGAAACUGAAGAGAUAACCACGUCAGCAGGGCACGAUUACUGGUAACAAGCCUCCAGUGCAGUUAGGAAGAGAGAAGUGGUGCAGUAGUGCUGUGCUGUCAUGCCUUAUAGAAGCAGGUUGAGGGCUUGCAUAUAAACAAAUCAUGACAUGUGGUCUCUGAUGAUUAGCCCGUCUGUUUUUGUCUGUGGUGUGCAGCCAUAUGUCACAGCUGGAUGGUAUGUGUGUUAGAGCACGAGAGAUGCCUCCAUGCUUGUUGUAUGAGCUGCUGCUAAGUAUUCUGUGAAAAUAGGUACAGACCCAGUGGUUAUCUCUGGUAUGUGGCAGCUGUUGGAUAGUAGUGUGUUCGAGCACGCCUCCAUGCUUGUCAUAUGAGCCGCUGGUAUGUCUGUACAUAGAUGUAAGGAAGCGCAUUGGACGGUUUGUAGUGUUUCAGUGUGCAAAAGCCUCCAAUGUGUUUUGCUACUUAUAAAUUUGUGUAAACACUCAGUAGUGCAGUAGUCAUGAUGUUGCACUGCUGAGCUCAAGCCUGCGGGUUCAAUCCCAGCAAAGGUGGCUGCAUUUCAGUGGUGGUGAAAUGAAAAAAAAAAAGCAUGUAGUUGAAUUCAAGUGCACAUCACAGAACCCAAGGUGGUCAAAAUAAUACUGAGUCCCGCACUGUGGCAUGCCUCAUAAUUCUAUCUAGAUGUUGUGUUCCAUGUGAUGUUCUUUAUUGCCCAUUUGAAUAAACUUUUAUUUUUCAGAUUACCAAAAUAGAGGGUAUAUGCAGUGGUGUUGUGUGCAGUCUGGAUAAGUUGCUCUGGUCAUGAGCACUCAAUGAAAACUUCUGCAUAUUUGGCUGCAGCAGACAGUGUCAUAAUGAUAGUAAAGACUAUGCAGAAAGCUUUAGGCCACUCUACAUAUCAGAUCAGUUUUAUAUUGCAUCCUUUAUGGUGCUUAUGGUGGCAGAAUAAUAAUUGGCAAUGCUUCCUUACACAUUUAAUAUUUUUCUUUUGGAAGAGCAACCUUGGAAGAAUAAUCUACAACAAUGCUCCUACCUUCUCUUUCACUGUCUCCCCAUUUCUUUUCUACACUUCAACUUCAUUCUACGCACUAUCUUAUUCUCCUCUUCAUCCUACAUUGACGGUGUGGGAAAGUGAGCUAAGCGUGCAUAAAGAUUGCUGUGCAGAACUUAAUUGCAGCACUGACGAAGACAAAUCUUUGUCAAAAGGUUCAUUACAGCUACAUUCCCCCUCCAAACACUGUUUAUCACUUCAAGCCUUCAUAUUCCUGUGAGCUUUUGUCUUGUUUAACAGUUGUAACAGUCAUACUAUUUAUUACUAUCAAUAGCCAGCAUACAUUUAGCACUGCAAAGUGCUGUUUAGAAGACGUGUGAGUUUCUACUUCCCUUAUGAUAAACACUCCAGACAUUCAGUCUCUAAUUUAUGAAAAUCUUUCAAACAUUGCCAGUGAUGACCACCAUAUGGGUUAAUGUCGGCAUGGGACUGAGGCUUUCCCGCAAAAAGAACAGUUAUGUUUUGCUCAUAUCAUGUGACUGACAGUUUCUGCUGUAAUUUUUGCACUUGUCAACUGCACUGUGAAGAGUUCGUUUCUGUGAAUAUGUGCUGGCCUGAUUCUUCUUAAUCACGCAUUUCAGAUCUUGUGCUGUGAGAUGAGGAGGUGUAAAAUAAAAACACCGUGUAGAUUUCACAAUGCCUUUAAGAAACCACGCAAAGCUUGGAGAUGAAGCAUUACAUGCAACUUGAACCAAGUGUCUGGACACAGCAAGUGAAAGUUGUUUUGUCAUGAGUGAGGGUGUCGGCGUUACUUGUAACUGCCUUUAAAUAAAAGUUUGUUUCAAAACAGUG